UCUCCGGGCUGAAACAGCCUGUUGUUCGCACCCGCCGCUCUGACCCUGUCACCCUGGGCAUUGUUUUCUCUUCGCCCCCAUCGCGGAUGGGAGGCCAGGCACGCCUGGGUUCAAGAGCCUGGCUUCCCGCCAGGCCAGUGGCCUUCGGCCCUGGGGCCACUGGGGUGGCUCCGCCUCCAAGGCGGGAGGAGAGAACUUCUGGGUCUGGGUCCUGCCUGGCUGUCUUGCCCUCUCGGCUCCAGCUCUGCCAUGGGCUCCUGCAGCUCCCACGCAGCGAGCAUUCCCGACUGGGAUGACAUCCGCCGGGAGACCGGCUUCUCGCAAGCCAGCCUGGUUCGCCUCCACCAUCGGUUCCGGGCACUGGACUGCAACAAGAAGGGCUACCUGUGCCGCAUGGAUCUCCAGCAGAUUGGGGCUCUGGCUGUGAACCCUCUGGGAGACCGUAUUAUAGACAGCUUCUUUCCUGAUGGGAGUCACAGUGUGGAUUUCCGAGGCUUUGUCAGGAUCCUGGCUCACUUUCGCCCUGUAGAAGAUGAAGGCACAGGAAUCCGGGACCCCAAGGAACCUGAACCUCUCAACAGCAGAAUGAACAAACUUCGCUUUGCCUUUCAACUCUAUGACCUGGAUCGAGAUGGAAAGAUCUCCAGGCAUGAGAUGCUACAGGUUCUCCGGCUGAUGGUCGGGGCACAGGUGACAGAAGAGCAGUUGGAGAGCAUUGCUGACCGCACAGUGCAGGAGGCUGAUGAAGAUGGGGAUGGUGCUGUGUCCUUCCUGGAGUUUGCCAAGACCUUAGAGAAGAUGAACGUUGAGCAAAAGAUGAGCAUCCGAAUCCUGAAGUGA